AAUAAAAUGAUAAUAACUAAUAAUUUAACUCUUAUGAAAUUACCCUAUCUAAAGCAUAGUUUUUCAAUAUUACUAUUAAAUAAGGUAAAAUGUAUGUAUUUGUUCUUAGAAGUGGUUGUAGCUUCAAACAAUGUGUGGCAGGAUAUAAGUUCUCAAUUAAAUAAUCGUAUGUCCAUCAAUGCUUUGCAUGUAUUUGUUUACAAGGGAUAUCAUGGGAUAAAAGAAAAACUUGGAUUAACCCAGAUUAAAUCACUAGAUGUAGUAUUGCCAAAAAAUACUAUACUCAGUAAUUUAGACCAAAGUAGCGAUUUUGAGCCUAGUGAUAAAUUGGAUAGUGAUUUACCUAAUAAAAAAUUUGUAAUUACGUUUUGUGCUGAAGAAUGGAAGGAAAUUCAGCCACAAACAGUUCAAUAUAAACUUCUUGAUAAAAAACGAUCUCUCCAACAUUCAAAAUCAUAUGAGGUUUUACCCAAAAACAGAUGGACACCAUUAAUAGCAGAGCAUUUUUGGAUACAUACCCAAUUACCAUGUUGCCUUUCGUUUUGCAGAGCUAAAGUUUCAUUAAAUGGUGACAAUUAUGUAUCUGUUGUUGGGCGGUGUUCUGUUUAUGGAUCCUAUUUUAAAGGAAUAGUAUCAGAAAAGCCACCAGAUAAUGCAAGAGUACUUAUGCAGUGCUCAUAUGUUGGGAAUUUCAAUGAACCACAUAAAGUCAUAAAAAAACGUCGUAUGAUUGGUCCUGUUAUUGAGAAAGCAUUAUCACAUAUAGUUAAAGAAGGAAUGUCAUGCGAAACAUACAGAGAAAAUGAAGCUGUGCGUCUAAUGAAAACCAAUGAUCUUGAACCAUCCAUAAUUCCAACUGGCCAUGCUUUAAGAAAUUUUAAAAGACGCCAACGCUUAAAUAAUGAAAGAAAUUCAAAUAAAUUAAAAGCUUUAUGUAUGAUGAAAACUGAAAAUGAGUUUAAAAGUGUGAUUAAUGACAUAGGUCUCGAUCCAUUCUUCCUUUUCUAUCAUACCGAUGCAACUGGUUCGGUGGUUUCAAAUUUUAGAAAGUAUGAUAUGGAAAAAACCAAAUAUAUAUUCCUUUAUGAAGCUUUGGUUUAUGAUGAGGAAAAUAAUUAUAGUUUUACAGUUAGUAAUAUGCUUAGCGAAAGACAUAGCAACGUGGCAAUCUUCAAUUGGCUCACUAAUUGGAAAAUCUGUGACAUACCUUUGCCAAAAAUAACAGUAUGCGAUCAGUCGCUAGCACUAUUGUCUGCAGUGGUACAAUGUUUUACUCAGUACUCUUCACUCUAA